AUGAACAAAGGUUGUCAAAAGGGCAAGGCAAGCUCUCUUGAAAAUUUCGAAAAGAACAAGCACAUGUAUUUUUCCAAACAAAUCUGCUGUCCAGUGAGAUCUGUUUACCACCUGCCUUAUCUUCGAGUCACAGCUGAAAUAACAACAUGGGCUUUCAGUCCUGGCAGGUAGCUUCUAUCUGACUCAUUUAGAGCCAAGGUGACUUGGAAACCAGAGAUGUUUGCUAUUAAAACACAUUAAUGCUGUUAUCAGCACAUGAGGACGUAUAACAAUGCAGUCUGUCUGGACCAGCUUGGAGUUGAUGGGUUGGGAAACAGUUUGAGCAGCUCACCCUUGGGGCAGAAACAGUCACUGGGAGCAGAAAGGGAGGAGGUCUGCAUACUAAGGGCACAAUCUAGCACAUUUAAGCCCCAUUGAUCCUUCCGUUGAAACAGAAGGGACUUUGAAGUGCUGAUUUCUCAUUUCAUUUCAUUUUUCUUUUCUUUUUUGCUGUAUUGGAUGAAUCAUUAAUAACAGUAAGCACAAUUUAGCAUUUCCUUUGUGGUUAAGAAACAUGGCUUCACAUCCCCCAUCUCAGCAAUUCUUACAAUAAUCUUCAGCCUCUAACUAUGAAAGUAAGAAUGUGCACGUGAAAUGGCUAGAUGUAUUUACUUCUGCCUCUCAUUCCUUCCCCUUCUUCUGUUGUUUCCAUGUCAUGUGCCAAAUUUUAGAUAGUAUGCUCCUUGAGGCAGGGACCUGCCCUUUUGUACUCUGUAAAGCAGGCUUCCUCAAACUCAGCCCCCCAGAUGUUUUUGGCCUACAACUCCCAUGAUCCUUAGCUAGCAGGACCAGUGGUCAGGGAUGAUGGGAAUUGUAGUCUCAAAACAUCUGGAGGGCCAAGUUUGAGGAAGCCUGCUGUAAAGUAUCACUGACACUGAUGGUACUAUGUAAAUAAAUAAUAUUUUAUGGUAGGUCCGUCUUUGUAACUUCAUGCUACAGGGUGAGGUGGAAUGGGAUUGAGAAGUAGUGGUUGGUGAAAGCCAAGUCAGUGUAUUUAUGAAUAAGCUCAGAUUUAAAUCGGGGGUGACAUGUUCACAUACACAAUAGUUAAGCUUAAACAAAAUGACCAAGUUUGCACAUGCCACUAAUACAAAUGAUGGCUUAGUUUGAGUGAAGAUCUUUACCCCGUGCUAUCCUGCUGACCCUGCUGCAGCCACACUACCUGAGGCUAAGCCACGUUUGGUGUGUUGUUGCCAGACCCAGGGCUAUGGUUUGCCUCACUCCAGACAAACCAUGAGCUGUAACCAUGUUUUUUUAUUAUUAUUUGUUUAGCACUUGUGUGGAGGAAGACAAAACACAAGCUUGGGUUCAGAUGUAACACACAGCUAAACCAUAGUUCAGCAAGGCAUGGGGAGGAGCACGGCAGUCACAAUCUUCAGUCUGGAAACCUGCUCAUUCAUGCUAAGCCAUGGUUUGACUUAGAGUUGUGUAUGAGUUAUGUGUUGAGUCCAGGUACAUCUGGCUUGCUUCCACUUCCAACGAGAAAACUUUAGUGUCAGCCAGUGGGUCACUCACAUGGUGCACUUCCCCCAGGGAACACAGAAAUUAUAGCUCCCUAUUCUUUUGGUCUGGCAUUUGCUGCAAAGCUGGGAAUAUGAUAUGUCUUAUAUGAGUCAUGUCCUACCUGUGGGGUUCCUGUAGUUGGACUCUGUGGGAAACAGAAUGCUGAACUAGAUCUUUUGGUCUGAUCCAGCAGAGAUCUUACAUUCUUAUGCAAGAGCUUGUAUAUUUCCCCCCGGGACAUCCUUCACAAUAAAUGGCAAUAGCCAUUUAUUGCAUAGAUAGCAUAGAUGAAAUAGUGACUUCACUGAUCUCACCAGCCAGUUCUGGAACUUAGAGCAGACUGGCUGUCAUUUUACUGAAACAUAAGCAGAGCUCAAAAUAUUAUGCCUAUGUCUCAGUCAUGUAAGUGGCAGCCAUGUUCCCAUUUGUGGGAAUAUUAAUGACACUGGAAUCCUAAAGAAGAACAACUGUGUUAUUAUAGCAGCAUAGCUGACCAGAAUUAGCAUAGGAAUGACUUUUUCUGUGAGUUCCUUGCUGACCUGAAAAUGGUAAAAAAAAGACAGCCCUGUAUGUAUGGCCUUUAGUGCAGCCAAUAGGAGACACUUCUCUCCUGCAAAAACUUCUUACUACCUCCAAGUGAAUUUGCAUAUAUGGCUUAAGUAAGCAGACAAAUAUUUUUCGUGUGAUCCCAUUCUGUAAAGCUAGCAAAAUCCCACACCCCUGCCUCCCCCCCAGCCACUUGUAGAUGAAUUGCUUUAGCAUUGUCCCUGAAAAAGACCUAUUAAUUCAUUUAUCAUUAAAGCGGCUGGGGGCUGAGGAGAAAUAUAGGGUUUGAAUCUUCUAAUACUCUAUCCAAGGAGCUUUGGCUCCCCAACAGGCUGUUGAAGGGAUUUUCUCCGUCUUCUGAAGAGAACUAUGCUGUGUGCACACACAGUGGCAGAGCUGGCACAUAUAAUUAGCUUUAACUCCUUUCUUUUGCUCGACAUUCUUCCUUUUCUGUUCCGUGAUAUCUCAGGGGAUUAUAUCCUCUCUGACUUUCUCAGUCCUUCCUUCCAGUCUUCUUUGCUGUUAAGGCUGCCAAAGCACCCUGAGAAUAUUAUUUGUUAUAAAAAGCUGGGAGUCUCUCCACUGCAUCCCUCACAGGGAAAGGCUAAACCAUGUAGAAGCCUGUCUUGGCAUUAAGUGGCAUAUAACAGUAGACUUCCAACCAAAAGCAGCUGCAAGGCGACAACCCUGCUUUCAGCCAACACAAAGUAACUUAUUUACUUAUUUGGGAGAUUUUAAUCAAUUUAAAAAAAAAAACCCACUCAUGAUAUCUGACUUAGAUGAUUUUUUAAAAAAAUGAACAGUUUCAAUAAACAGUAGGUCAUAUAAGGGUAUAGAAGCCAAGCUGUUCAUUAAAGGGGAAAUACAAUAAUCCCAGAUAGUAGUAGUGAAGCUGCCUGGCGAGACUUUCUAGGGAGGGUCUUCCAAAGUUGCUACAAGGCACAAAAAAGCUUGGCUCUGUCUUGUGCUCACCGAUCUAACUGAUGGUGGCAGAUGAUCUCAGAGGAGGACCUCAAGCUGAAAUCCUAUAGCAUUUUCCUGGAAAUAAGUAUACUUCUGAGUAGAGAAGCAUCAUAUCGCGCUGCCAUCUUAACUGAUAGGCAAGCUCAGCUCUGUAGAUCCUAGGUGAGAUACAUUAUUAAGCACUGUUUAAUUUCUGUAUUUAAUUUUAGUUCAGUUUCACUAGCCAUUUGGCUGUGACUACCAUCUGGAACUGAACUGAAGGCCCAGGAGAUAAAAAUAUGUCAUAUGGGCAUUCUGUAUCUAAUAUGAGCAGAGGAUGGCAAGCAGAGGUGCUACUUAUAUGUCUAUCUCUAGGUAAAGGUAAAGGGACCCCUGAUCAUUAGGUCGAGUCAUGGCCGACUCUGGGGUUGCAGCGCUCAUCUCACUUUAUUGGCCGAGGGAGCCGGUGUACAGCUUCCGGGUCAUGUGGCCAGCAUGACGAAGCCGCUUCUGGUGAACCAGAGCAGCACACGGAAACGCUGUUUACCUUCCCGCCGGAAGGUACUUUGCACUUUGAUAUGCUUUUGAACUGCUAGGUUGGCAGGAGCAGGGACCAAAUGAGCGCUCACCCCGUCGCAGGGAUUCGAACCGCUGACCUUCUGAUUGGCAAGUCCUAGGCUCUGUGGUUUAACCCACAGCGCCACCCACAUCCCAUGUCUAUCUCUACCUGUUUGUUUUAGAGAGGUGCAGCUUUGGAAUUGCCAGAUCCUCACCUGUAAAAUGGACCAGGGCAACCAGCUUAGGUUGUGUCUGCUGUGCUUCCCACCCACUUUCUGCCCUAUACCUGGUGGGCAGGUGGAUGAAUGCAGAGGAAGACUGUGCAGGGCACUGAUGGAGAACCUCUGGCCCAGGGGCCAAAUUUGGUCCUCCUGUACUCUCUCUUUGGCCUUUGAGACUCUCUCCUGAGCCUCAUUCCUCGCCAGCCUUGCUUUGCACCUGCCGUGAAUGGUUUUGCCUGGCUGGAAUGUGCCAUUAAGCUCUAAUAAUGCUUCUUGCUUGCUUGGAUUGGGGGAACAGAGAGAGAGGUGUGUGAGUAGGAAGACACUAGACUACUGUACAAAGGUAAAAUUCACAUUCCCCACCCCCACCUACUUUUGUUUCUGGCCCCACCCACCACUGGCAUGUGGCCCCUGGAAGGUUGCUCAGAAUGUAAUGUGGCCCUAUGGCUGAAGAAAAAAAAAUUGUGGAGCCCAGGGCAGCAGGGAUGCUGGAUGUGUUGAAUCCCCUCCUGCUGUCCUGCCGCUAUCUCGGUGUGAGCUCCUGGCAGCUUUGCAGUUCUCCCUCCUGCGUUGAAGAAAGAAGACGGUCUAUUACCAUUGCUGGAAUGGAAAUAUUGCUCUUCUUUGCCAGGCAAUAUGUAAAAUGACAAAGCAGCUGCUUGUAGUAGCUGGUUGCUUAUUAAUUUUAAUAGCUUCUCUUCCUUUCCUUACAUGAGGUUAUCUGAUGGUGUUUUAUGUUGGCAGAGAAGCGGGGGGGAGGGGGGGCUAUUCAGAGCACCGCCGUCCUUGUAGCCUGAGACAUUCUCCCCAGGAGAGAAAUGUAUGCCAGAGACAAAUGUAAACUGCAUUUUUUGUCUCUAAAUAUCUGAGUGUGUGUGUGUGUGUGUGUGUGUGUGUGUGUGUGUUUAACGCUUUAGCCAUCAUAGCUGCUUAGCUACCUCAGCAACAGUCUGUCUUUCUUAAGAGGCAGACCUACCAUGAAGCCACGUGAAACAACCACCUCAGGCAAUGGGUUGCAAGCACAGAGCACAGAAGAAGAGACGGUUGGGCCGGCCAAAUACAUUUUGCUGCCUGAGGGUAAAGGACAUGAUGGCAUCUCCAUAGAGGAAUCACUGGACUGGCAGCUGAAUCUCUCACAUUAGGAUAGUGCUCUCCAUUGUACGUAAGGCAGCAGGCUAGUGUGUGGGGCGGGGGGAGGCAGACCAGGCUGUCUGGUAUACGCAGCUCUGUCCUCCAAUACAGAACAGCCAAGGUGCUUCUGCCACAGCCCCCCAGCAUCUACUGCCUGAGGUAGUCACCUCACUCUGCCUAAUGGUAGGGCUGGCCCGGAGAGGCAGAGAAGUCUGAAACCUGAUUGCCACUUUCAUUCACAUUGUCAUCACCAUUAUGAAUUAUUAUGCAGCCUUUACCAUAAAGUCCUAGGAUGGGUUAUAGCAACACAAAUAAUACCUUUUUUUUUUUUAAAAAAAAGCCAUACAUAUACAGCAAAAAUAAUACAUGAAUGUUGGUGGGGGAAGGAAUGAGAUCCCCUCCAUCAGCCCCACCUCUCACCCUCUGUGAAUUCAGUGGAUGGUGUGAAGGGAGCUCUGCACACAUAAACCGUGUAUCCGUUGUUUUUGGAUAUGCAGGUGGAACUCUGAUCCGGCUUCCUCACUGCAUGGGAGGCUGGAAAAAAAGAGGGUGGGGCCAGGAUUUGUGAUCCCACUUCUCCCUCCAUGUGUUGAGUGAACACAAUAUGAAGGUGGGUGUAAGAGGUGACCUGUAAGCCAUAGUCUGCCAUACUCUUGCACAACUCAAUCACUGAACCGUAUUCCAGGUUGACUAAUGUGAGGGGUGUGUCACCUGGGUUCCCUUCAUCUCAUGCACCAAAAUGUAUUGUCCAACUUUGGCAUUCUUUUUCUAGAAAGGCCUUCUGAAACAAAAGAUUUAGAAAUUAAAAUGUGCUUGUGGCUGAUGUAACUAUAUGGUAUGGGGCAGGAGUCACACGCCUGGUGCCUUCCAGAUGUUGCUGGACUCCAGCUCUUAUCAACCUCAGCCAGCAUGACCAAUGACCAUGACUGAUGGGAGCUUUAGUCCACAACAUCUGGAGGGCAUCACAUUGGGAUAGGGUCUCCUAAUUUAUUCCAGCUUGCUCCAUCCCUGUGACUUAGGCUGGAAAUCUACGCACACUUACCUGGGAGUAAAUCCCGCUGAACACAAUGGGACAUCAAAAUCAACACACAUAGGAUUGACUGUUAGGGUUGCUUUCAACAAAAUGGUUCAGAAUCUAGGAAAAUAUAUUGUUACGGUUUUGCAGGUGGAGGAAGUAGGCUGUGUGCUGAGACCCCUCCAAUCCCUGGAUCCAGCAAGUGUUAAAAUUUAUUCAAGGCUUCUAAUUUUUGGAACAGCCAGGCUAGCUUCCUGAUGAUGUGUGAGGAGAACAAAGGGAGAUGGCAAAUGGGUGGGGCCCCUUCCUCAACUUGCAGAUGGCGAGAAGGACAAAAGCCACAAGUGAGAGUUAAGAGUUCAGUGAUGUGACCUAGAAGUAAAUUAGCAAGCUGAAGAGGGAUGUUUGAGAGCAAUGGUUGAGUUCUGUUUGAAUCCAAGGCUACGACUGUGGGAGAAUCAAGACAUUUUUGAGGUGUUGAUGAUGUGAGGUCAGGUUGUUUAUAUGGAGAGUGCUUUGGGGGGGGGGGCGCAGGGGUAUGCAUACCCCUAAACAUUUUGUGAAUCUUUGUACUUUUGUCCAUUUACUGUAUUCAUUUUUCCCAAUUUGAACUAUAAAAUGGUUAUUUUCUUGAGUCAAAAUGAGAGUACUCCUAAACAUAUUUUUUUUAUAAAAAAAGCACUGUAUAUGGGUAAAUAAACCAUAUGCCGUAAAGGCACCACAGUCUCUACUGUGCCUCAUUUCAAAAAGGAAACAUGAGCCCUAGGUAAAUGCCUGGAACACCUGGAAUCUCACACUUCUCUGAGAUUGGGGUGGCAUGCAACAAUAAGAUGUGCUAAAAUCCCAUUCCAGGUUAAAUUUCUUAUACUGUACAAGAAAUACUUUGAAAGCUCUUUUUGUAACACUGGGGAAGCUGCCAGUUUCCAAGGAGUAAUUUACUUCAUCUUUCCUCCCCCCCUGGUUUCUGAUGAGGUAGAGAUAUGUGAACUGAAUUCUCUUUCUGCCCUUUGGCGGGAUAUUACAGCCAACUGGCUUGCAGAGGGCCUACAUUUACCCACCGUGGCAAAUGACAGCAUCUGCAUUUGCCCUGGGAGCAGCAGCCUGCUCCGUGCUGCUUAGCCGAUCCUCUCUGUUGCUGAUAUCCUCCCCCAGUGUUGCAGCUGAUGUUCACUUCCUUCCUGCAAAGCCUGACAUGCUCAGGCUGUUCUGUGGGGAGUUGGGGGGGGGGUGGAGAGAGUAACCUCCAGCUGAGCAGGACAUUCAGCUUCCCACCUCACCUUAAAUGUCUUCAUUGUUUCCUUAGCAAAGCCCCAUUACAGCAACUCCAAAUCCUAUUAUAAGAGACAUUAGGAAGGAAUAGGAACUGAGCCGCAGAUAAGUAUUUGAAAGGCAGCCGUCAUAAUCCCUUUGCCUCUAGGUAUGAAUGAAGGAAAACCCUUCAGCAGCCCAGUUAAGUAAGCACAGUUGUUACUAUGCAGCAGCUGCUCUGUAUGCAGGGCCAGCCAGGUGUUGUGUACACAGGCGGCUUUCCUUAAAAAUUGAAUUUGUAUCAGGUUGUGUGUGGGGCUUUUUUUUAAUGUGCUCUGAAAUAAGAGAUUGUUUAGUGAUUCCCACAGUCAAGAAACAUAGUUUUGGGUGAAACGUUUCACCUUUUCGUCACUCAGCUUCAACAGCCGAUGUGGUGUAUUUGCACAGGUGGCAAAUUAAUGUUUGUCAUUUGCUCAGGGCCGUCUCCAAGCCUAUGAAGGCCAGAGUAGCCUCACUAGCUUUAAAAACAUAUCUGGAAGUGUCUGCUUUGAGGUCUUACUGCCCCUUCCAUUCCCUGUUCCCAGUGUUUGUUCCUGCAUACUUCUUCAUCUCAGGGAAUGAUCUCAAGGUGCAUUAAGCCACCACCUUGCUAAAGCUAAGUAGGUCUAGGUCUGGUCAGUGCCUGGAUAGGUGAGCACCCCUAGAAACUACAAGUACAGAACCUGGGGUUCCAGGAUGAAAGGAAGGUGGGGCAUAAACAUAAGGCAAAAUGAGCAAAUAAAUUAAAUAAUAUGUGAAGGUGCCUCCUUUCUUCCUUACCAGGGUGGUGGUGGACGGCCUCUGUGUUUGUAACCACUAUUAUAACCGGCACAAAUUCAAUAGAUGUAAAUAACAUGAUGGCAAAAAUACAUGUUGGGAGAAAGCAUCUCUUGAAUGCAUUUAUUUUGAUGUAUCCAUUUAUAUCCUGAUCUCCAGUUCACAUAUUUCAAGGUGGCUAACAGAAUAUCUAUAGAACUACAAUCAUUCCUGCUUUUAAUAUAACUAUUAGGGAAGAAACAAGGCGAUGAAUCUAUUAGCAUCCUAAUUUAAAUUAUUUAGGGUGGAGAAUCAUAGCAUUUUAAUAAUUGAACUUAGCACAUAUGGUGUUCUGUAUUUACAGGGGGUCACCAACCUCUUUGGACAAGUGGGCUUAUUUUGAAUUUUGAGAGUGCUGUGGGCCCAGCCCAAUGUGUCUGUUGUGGGGCAGAGGGCAUGGCAUAGCACAAAAUUAGAGAGUGCGGUCAUGGUGAAGCUUUCCCCAUAAUUGUAUUGCCAUACUAGAACAUGUUUAAACUGUUGGAUUUCUUCUAGUGUUAACGGCACUAGAACUCUGUUUUUCCCAGUGCCAAACUUAAACCAAAACACAGGCUGUAGCUCCUAUUAAACACAAAGUAAUUUAUUCCUGAGUGGGCAUGUAUACAAUUGUACUGUAAUUUAACUUUACAGCGAACUCUUAAUGAGUGCCUAGACUUCAGCUCCUGCAUAGCAGGAGACAGGCUUAAGCCUCUUUGGAAACUUUUCAUGUUUGCCUUUUGUGAUAGAGGGUUUUUGGGGUUUUUUAACAUCCACCCACUGUUAGUGUGUAGCAGUAUUUGCAGAAAAUAAUUUGUAGGGACUGCUUGAUCUCAGACAAAUCCACCACGGGAAAGAUGUGUCCUGGUUGCUAGGGAAAAAGGAAGGGCAAAGUAUGGGAAUUCCAAGGGCUAGAAAAUAAAUCAGAAACUGGAAAAGUGCAUUAAAGGAGAGAGGAAAACAGCAGGUCUUUAAGACCUAGGGAUUCCUAUUGCCUUGUAUCCAAAGAACUAGCGUAUCAAUCACUGCUCCGACUUCACUCAUUGACUAUAAACACUUUCAGGCAGGAGCAGUCAAGCUGACUCAUUUCAUAUAAAUUGCUUAGAAGGGUACCUACACAUUUUGCUGCAUAACUUUGUUUCUAGGAGGGCUGCAGACUUAGGGUGGUCUUCAGCUAGGUUUUACACAGAGUAGGCCCAUUGAAAUCAAUGACAGUGACUUAUUUAAAUGGGCCUGCUCAGAAUAAAACUUAGUUGAUUUUCAUCCUUAUUUUUAUUUUUUUAAAUAAAGCUCAGAAUGUGGGAGCCCUACCUGGAGGUGCCAGUGAAGGCCUUUGUAGGUGCAACACUGGUGACCCUUGCUCUAAAAUAAGUUCUGUAUUUUUCACUCUAUAAGACGCACUUUCCCCCUCCUAAAAAGUAAGGGGAAAUGUGUGUGCGUCUUAUGGAGCGAAUGCAGGUGGGAGGCUCUGCUCAGCAUUUCCUUUAAAGAGCCACUUGGAGCAUGUGUGCAGCUCUUGGGGGCUUUUCCCCGAGGAGGGAGAAGGGCUGCCCUUCUCCCUCCUCAGGGAAAAGCUCCCAAGAGGAGCUCCGCACGCUCUUUAAAGGGAGCGUGGCUCUUGGGGGAGCCUUAGCCACGUGCAGCCUCUCCUAGGCAGGGGAUGAUGGCUCCUCUUGCCCAGGAGAGGCUGCGCGCGGCUAUCCCAUAAGCCAGGACAGCCAGUGGGAUCGCUACGCAGCGAUCCCGCUGGCUGUCCUGACUUCUGGGAUUCAGAAUAUUUUUUUCUUGUUUUCCUCUUCCAAAAACUAGGUGCGUCUUAUGGUCUGGUGCAUUUUAUAGAGCGAAAAAUACGGUAAUAAUUAAAUGUGAACACACAAACAAACACUAUCGUUCCCUGCAGAAAUGUUGAUUCCAUUAAUUUUCAAGCUCAUCAAUUAAUUCUACAUAUUCUCCUCCAAAACAGAUCACCCCAAAUUCAUUCUAUUAACUUCCCAUGUCAAGAUUUAAAUGUCACCUCCCAAAAUUAUUUAAGUAACUUCUUUCAUCUUCCAAAGUCAUUCCUUUUCCUUCCAACUCAUUCACUUUUGUUCACAGCAUUCAGACUGCCCUCUUGACUACCAGGCCAAAUCAACAGACGCUUGCUCAUCAGUGCUUUUAUUAUUAACUGAUAAAAUGGUGCUGCUGGCUGCUUUUAUUAUUAAGUGCUGAAGUCCUGCUGCUGAGCGUGAUGUGUGCCCUUCUGCAAUGCUUUAAGCAGGGCUCCAUCCAGAUCACUGAAGACCGUCAGUCUUCAGCUGCAGGCAGCAACCAAGUAGCACUAUUAAUAGCACUAUUGGAAAUUAAUGUGCUAGCAACACAGGAGCUAAAAAUGAGGUGAAAGCAGUUUGGGGGCUUACACGGAUAAGAAUUGCCCUGUUUAAAGUGGAAGGUACUUGGGGAGCCCAUGGAAUGAAAAGAUCUGCAAAAAAAAUUACUUGCCCUGAACAUACCAUGCAUUUAAAGCACCCACCCUAGCCCUCAUAAUCCUGGGAGCCAUAGUUGGUUCAUGGUGCUGGGACAGGUAGCUCUGCGAGGGGUUAAUUCCUAGGAUUUUUGGAUGUGGGUGUGUACUAGUGUUGUUUUAAAAAGAAAUCAGCUGUAGUGGAGCACUGAUACUAGUUUUUCUGGUAGUGUUUGAAUUGUGAAAUAAACUUAGCUAUGAAACCAGGCUGAGUAGGUGGAGGGAGACCAAGGUAUGAGAUACCUAAAUUCUAAUCCAUGUUCCAGUGAAUCCCUGCAGAUUAGAAGUGUGGGUGUCUGAAAAAGAUAUGAGCAGGCUCUGGUAGAUUAUAUUGCUUUAACCAUCAAUGUCCCACUUUACAUAUACUGGAACUGAGCACUUGCCUGGUUUUCUCCCACUUUAGGAAAAGUAGAAUACAAACAUUAGCCACUGUGGGAACAAGAUUCUGGACCAGAUGGACCAUUGGUGUGAUCUAGCAGGGUCUCCUUAAGUUCUUAAAAGGGUUGUCCAUGAACAAGGACAGAGCCUCCUCAAGCAAGCAACAACAUGAUGCUUUUGGAAAGUGCCUUUGAUGUAUGCAGUGUUUAUGGACAUGCACAUGACACAUAUCCUAGUCCCAUUCAAUUGGCCAGAAUGUCAAGACAGUGUAUACCCAAAUCUGGGAUCACUGGUUGUUGCAGGUAACUAGGGGUGAACUUUGGUAAUAUGGCACUCUGAGCAAGGGCAAACUUUGGCGCCCUAAUUAUUUAUUUGGCACCCUCCUCCCUCUUGCCUUCCAUUCUGCACAUGUUCUCAAGCACCAUGUAGAUACUUUUUGAACCUCCCCCCUGUACGCUGAUUCAUCUCCACCUGUAAUUAGACCCAUGGUAAACAUACAUCCCUAGAAUAUACGGUUCAAGAAGGAUCAGGGCUGGGAAAUGUCUCCUGUCUGAGCAGGGCCCAAGACAUUGGAGACCUGUCAACAUGACAGUACUGGGCAAGAUGGCCAGUAGCUUGACUCUGUAUAAGGGAACUCUAUAACACUGCAGAUGGUGACAGCAGCCACAAAAUUAAAAGACGCCUGCUUCUUGGGAGAAAAGCAAUGACAAACCUAGACAGCGUCUUAAAAAGUAGAGACAUCACCUUGCCAACAAAGGUCCGUAUAGUAAAAACUAUGGUUUCCCCAGUAGUGAUGUAUGGAAGUGAGAGCUGGACCAUAAAGAAGGCUGAUCGCCGAAGAAUUGAUGCUUUUGUUUUUCGUUUUUUUUAAAAAAUAAUUUUUAUUAAGGUUUUAAACAAAGAAAAAAGAAAAACAACACACACAAAGAACAAUAACAAUAAAAACACAAAACAUAACAAUUAAAAACAAACUCUCUUUUCCAUUUCCAAUUUUAAAUUACUUAUUUUCUGGACUUCCUCAUACCUCCCUCUUUUGUAUUCCAAUCCACAUUAUUUAUCCAGCAGUUUCUUUUCCACUUUUUUUAAUCCCAAUCUUUAAUUUAAUAAAAUAUUAAAAUAUAUAACUUCACUUUUUUAAACCUAAUCCUUACUCUUAAUGUCAUAUAGCUUCAAAUUUUUCCCUUUUAUUAUCAAAUUUCCAUUUCUUUAAACAUCUUUAAUCUUAAUCUUUAAUCUUAAUCUAUCCUUAUCUUUAACCUGUACAACUGGAAACCACUUAUUUUCAGUCCAACAUCACUCUAACAUUCCUUAAUUUUGCAGUGUUUCUGAAGAUAGUCUUUGAAUUUCUUCCAGUCUUCCUCCAUCGACUCUUCUCCCUGGUCACGGAUUCUGCCAGUCAUUUCCGCCAAUUCCAUGUAGUCCAUAAGUUUCAUCUGCCAUUCCUCCAGCGUGGGAAGUUCUUGUGUCUUCCAAUACUUUGCGAUGAGUAUUCUUGCUGCUGUAGUUGCAUACAUAAAGAAAGUUCUAUCCUUUUUUAACACCAUUUGGCCCACUAUGCCCAGGAGAAAGGCCUCUGGUUUCUUGGGAAAGGUAUACUUAAAUACCUUUUUUAAUUCAUUAUAUAUCAUUUCCCAGAAAACCUUAAUCUUUGGGCACGUCCACCAAAGGUGAAAAAAUGUACCUUCAGUUUCUUUACAUUUCCAACAUUUGUUAUCGGGCAAGUGAUAAAUUUUCGCAAGCUUGACUGGGGUUAUGUACCACCUGUAUAUCAUUUUCAUAAUAUUCUUCUUAAGGCAUUACAUGCCGUAAAUUUCAUACCAGUGGUCCAUAACUGUUCCCAGUCAGCAAACAUAAUGUUGUGUCCUACGUCCUGUGCCCAUUUAAUCAUAGCCGAUUUUACCGUUUCAUCUUGAGUAUUCCAUUUCAGCAGCAAGUUAUACAUUCUUGACAGAUUCUUAGUAUUGGGUUCUAACAAUUCUGUUUCUAAUUUCGAUUUUUCCACCUGGAAGCCAAUUUUCCUGUCUAGAUGCUUUUGAAUUAUGGUGCUGGAGGAGACUCUUGAGAGUCCCAUGGACUGCAAGAAGAACAAACCUAUCCAUUCUGAAGGAAAUCAGCCCUGAGUGCUCACUGGAAGGACAGAUCGUGAAGCUGAGGCUCCCAUGCUUUAGCCACCUCAUGAGAAGAGAAGACUCCUGGAAAAGACCCUGAUGUUGGGAAAGAUGGAGGGCACAAGGAGAAGGGGACGACAGAGGACGAGAUGGGUGGAUAGUGUUCUCGAAGCUACCAGCAUGAGCUUGACCAAACUGUGGGAGGCAGUGAAAGACAGGAGUGCCUAGCGUGCUCUGGUCCAUGGGGUCAUGAAGAGUCGGACACGACUAAACAACUAAACAACAACAACAACAACAACAUAACACUGAAAAAAUGGUCUGCAGUUGUUGCAUCCACUAGAGACUGCGUAGUUCACGUCAUUGUAAGCAUGGGGGCUUAUGCAUCAUUGUUCCCUGUGGAUUAUGCUUCCUGCCCUCUUACUCUUUUUCCAUAAUAGUCAGAACUAAGGGGGGUCAGUACCGUGACUGCUUUAGGCAUCAUAUGGAUUUCAGAAGGUGAGUGCCAGCUCUGAGUACUCAUAAGAUCAUCCCCAGGCCUUACCCUAAGUCUAGCUGUCAAGCAUGGUCUCUUUGUAGGAAGCUACCACUUCCUUUUUUCACAGCAUGUUUAGUUUUAGAUAUCCCCCCUUUCCUUUCUUUUUUCCCCUGCACUGCUGAAAUGGAUAUUGAUCUGGUCUCAGCUUUUGCAGUUCUACCUUCAUCUUAGCUCUCUAAUCUGGCUUGGUAUUUAAGUCAUUCAUCUCCAGCAUGGUAUGUAUUCAAGGGCUUUGAUAGGAAAACAGAUAAGAGGUUUUCUUGAAGAUUAAGCAAGAAAGUAAUGAAAUGAUCCCACGGUUACAAUGAACUCCAAAGCUUCCCAGGGAUUUUUCAUGCUUGCUCUUCUCAAGCCACUUUGACCUGGAGUCAAGCAGCAGCAGCCGCAAGUGGCUGCCCAAACGGCGCCUUCCGUGCUAUCUUGUCUUUCACGGAAGCAGCAGCACGUUGAUCAUAUCUGCUGCCAGCGGAUACUCCCCAUAAAUAUCAAGACUACAGGCAAGUGGCUGAUGUUGCAACUUCUUUGGAGACACGUCUGAUUUAGUGUGUAAUAUAGCAGAGGUUAUGGUGUAACUUUUGUGUGGAACUCCAGGAUUUACGGUACAUACAACGCUCUGCAACUUUGCUGCCAAACUCUCUGAUUUACGGUGGUGCCAUUUGUGGUUUGGUCUAGCAGAGAUGUUUGUUUCAAUGAGUCCAGAGCAUUUUGGCCACCGUUUGGGAAACUAGGGGAGGUUGAAUACGAGAAAGGCUUCUGCAGUGGUCUUUAAGCAUACAGGUGAAACUCGGAAAAUUAGAAUGUCUUGGAAAAGUUCAUUUAUUUCAGUAAUUCAACUUAAAAGGUGAAACUAAUAUAUGAAAUAGACUCAUGACAUGCAAAGCGAGAUAUGUCAAGCCUUUUUUUGUUAUAAUUGUAAUGAUCAUGGCGUACAGCUGAUGAAAACCCCAAAUUAACAAUUUCAGAAAAUUAGAAUAUUAAAUGAAAUCAGCAAAACAAGGAUUGCAAAUAGAGCAAUAUUGGACCUCUGAGAAGUAGAAGCAUGCAUAUGUACUCAGUACUUGGUUUGGGCCCCUUUUGCAUCAAUCACUGCCUCAGUGCGGCGUGGCAUGGAUGCUAUCAGCCUGUGGCAGUGCUGAGGUGUUAUGGAAGACCAGGAAGCUUCAAUAGCAGCCUUCAGCUCUUCUGCAUUGCUCAGUCUCAUGUCUCUCAUCUUUCUCUUGGCAAUACCCCAUAGAUUCUCUAUGGGGUUCAGGUCAGGCGAGUUUGCUGGCCAAUCAAGCACAGUAAUCCCAUGGGCGUUGAACCAGGUUUUGGUACUUUUGGCAGUGUGGGCAGGUGCCAAAGUCCUGCUGGAAAAUGAAGUCAGCAUCCCCAUAAAGCUCGUCUGCAGAAGGAAGCAUGAAGUGCUCCAAAAUCUCUUGGUAGACAGCUGCGUUGACCCUGGACUUAAUGAAGCACAGUGGACCAACACCAACACUUUUCCACGAUAUUCUAAUUUUCCGAGUUUCACCUAUAUUGAUCUCCAGUAGAUGAGAAACCGUGUGCAAAGUUAGGGCUGCUUUACCUGUUAGUAUAAUAUUUGUACCUCAUAAUCUCUGAGGCAGAUGCAAGUACCUAUUUUGGCACAUGUACACUGCAAAAAAAAAAAAAAAAAUGCCAGGGAAUUGUGUAACUUUUCUUAUUUAUUGAGAAAAUCACUCAGUUUUUUCACAUUCAAUUCCAAACCUUUUAUGGAUCUGUAAAAUUCAGUAUUUUCAUGGGGGGCACAACUGGCUCCCUCAACCCCACUUCCCAUAGACAGCCAUCACACUCCUCCCGUUUUUCCUCCAACUUCCUUCCUUCCAUUUAUAAAAUUACCUGUAUUUAUAAGCUGUUCUUUUGGGUACAACUCAUCCAGGGUGGCUUCUCUCUCAUUAAAAUUCACCAAAAAAACAACAAAUUUAUAUAGCAGUGUUUUGACAUAGGCCUGGGUUUAUUGAUUUGUACAUUGCUUCCCACUAAGAAAAGCCCAAAGCAAUUUACAGCCAAAAUAAAAAUACAACAAUAAAAUAAUGGAAACCUUAAUAAAACAGAUUUAAGAGUACAAUCACAUCAUUGGUGCUCCUCAGAUCCCCAGGAAAACAACAAUGAAUUUUGCCUGGUGUUAAUGCAGUGACAAAAUUGGUGCCGUGUGAGCCUCCCUGGGGAGAGCAUUCUAUAAACGGGAUAACUGCAGAGAAGACCAGUUAAAAUAAUGAAAAUAAAAGAGCAAAAUAAGUUGCAGCAAAAUAGAAAUACCAUCCAUUCUAGAAUAGCUUUCUGAAAUAAUUGUCUUACAAUUAAGAACAAGCAGGCCAAAUAAAUGUGUUUUUAAAAUUGGCAUAUCUUUGAUAGAGGAUUUCUGCAAUAUGGGGGCCACAGCAGUAAAGCCCCUGUCUUCUGUGCCUCCCAACCUUACAGGAGGACUUGCACACAGGGCACCUGAGGCAGAUCUUAAUGCAUUGAGAGGCCCAUACAGGCAUUAGUAGCCCUCCAUAUAAUUUGGUCCCAAACUGUUUAGAUUUAUAUUUAAAAGUGAAAACCAGCACUUCCCCCUUGUGCUUGGCUUUGUUGUUCUGAUGGAGGCAGUGGGAAAGGGAGGGAGUCUGGUACACUGCUAUGGCUGUAUAGUAGUAAAUACCCAUGUAAAUAGUGCGGGGGGGGGGGACCUGAUUCUCCAUGCAUCUGUCAUACAAAUUACCUGACUCUCCCUUGGCUUUUUGAGGUACCUCUUCAGUCUCCACUAGUCAAGUACUUCCAGUCGAUACUAGUUCAUUGCUGCGAAUGGGACCCCUGUCCCGCCAGUCUCAUUCUGCCUUCAGCCAGCCCCCACCUGCUUCCUUUUUUACUUACAUCUGGUCUGGAGUGGUGGUGGCAUUGAGUGUCCACUUCCUCCUCCUUAGCCAUAGUGCUGCCCUUGAGGGACUCGACAGGAGGAUGGGGACAGAAUCAGUUGGCUCCAUAUUCUGUUAGUCUUUCUGCCUUCACACUAUCGGCUCCAGUGGCCAUCAGCCACCACUGGAGUAAAAUAAGACAAGUUUUCUUGUUCCCAGAAAUCAAAUACAUUGUUAUUAUGGAUUACACAAAGUCGACUACUCAAGGAGUUCAUGGAUAAGGUGAGAUUGAACCAGGGUCUUUCUGUUGCACCCCUUUUGCUCUUUACUGCCAUAUUAUGCCAGCUUUUCGAAAGGAUAGUUGGUCAAUGAGAAAUAUCGUUUUGCUACUCUGUGCUUGUAAUUCUACGGGACUCUGGGGACAAUUAAAAAACGACAAUACUCCUGGAAAAACAUUCCUUACAGUGGAUAUAUAGGGAGUGUUGAAAAUGGGCAUGUAAUUCUUUUUCUACUGCAUUUGAUAAAAUGUUCAGUAACAUAGCUUUGGAUUUCUUUUGAACAAAAGGUCAGUCAUGGACAGAGGGAAAACUGUCAUAUCACAUACCUAACCCCUGCUUCAAGUAGCUGUUUCAAUAAAUUUCAGAGUAACAGCUCAUUAUUUUCACUCCUUGGUAAUUGAGAACCAGGGAGCAGAGCAGCUAAACUUGUUUGUUCCUGCUGGAGAAAACUGUUUUAAAACCUUCCCUUUAUGCUGGUUUCUUUUCUUUGGUGCGCUGAUUCUUCGAGACAGUCUCCCACAGUGCAUCUGUUUGUUAUUAGGCAUUGCAGUGUCUACUGGUGGAUCUAAAUCCAGGCACAUCAGUUUGCCAGAUAUGAUUUCAUGUAAAAGACAGGUCCUAAUCUAUCCUCUUUGUCUUCUGUCAGCUGAAUUAAAUUGACUGAAUGGGAAGGACACAAUGAUAAUCUUUUGUUGGUCAAAUCUGGGGUGACUGAACAUAGAUCCUCACUUUUCCUGCUCAGGCAAACAAGAUGAUGUAAAAUAUUGGUGAAGCUGCUGUAGUUCAAAAACAUUAGGCUCCAAAUAGAAAUUUAUGGAGUUUGCAGUGCAUGCGUUUUUUGAGAUGAGUUCCCUCGUCCCUGAAAAAGGUCUUCAGCUCAGAAUUUCAACUAAGGAUAUUAUAUUAUUCAUUCUUAAGAUGGUCGCUGCUGUGUUGGUGCAUGUUGAAAUCGUCUUACAUUUUUAAAAAUAAGUGACUUGAAAGAUUAAUUUGGACAGAAAUGCCUAAGUUAGAAAAAAUGACAUUUGCCCCAAGAGCAGGACCUGCAUCCUGUAUAAGUGACUGGUGUAGCAGUUGGAUAGUUUGAACUAGACCUCAGGAGGCUGGCAGCAGGACUAGCAGAGCUAUCCCUAAAUCUGGGGUCACUUUUUUGACUUGGACAGCUGUGGGAGUGGAACAGCCGUUAGUGCCCAUCAAGGAACAAGGCAUCAUUGAGCAUGAACUACUCAGGAAAAAUAGGGAACACGUUAUGAGUUUUUUUGGUGGGGGGUGGAAUAGGCUGUAUGCAUAAGCCCCCUUCUAAUUCCUGGAUCCAGCAUGGAUUCGAUUCCUGAAAUAGCCAGGCUAGCUUCCUGGUGUUGUAAUGGCCGUCUAAGUAUGAGCCAGGGAGAGCAGGUGUCGCUUUGGUCUAAACCACUGAGCCAAUUGGGCUUGCUGAUCAGAAGGUCGGUGGUUCGAAUCUGCAUGAUGGGGUAAGCUCUCGUUGCUCUGUCCCAGCUUCUGCCAACCUAGCAGUUUGAGAGUAUACCAGCACGAAUAGAUAAAUAGGUACCACUGUGGUGGGAAGGCAAACGGCAUUUCCAUGUGCUCUGGUUUCUGUCACAGUGUUCCAUUGCGCCAGAAGUGGUUUAGUCAUACUGGCCACAUGGCCCAGAAAUCUGUGUGGGGACAAACGCCGGAUCCCUUGGCCUGAAAGAGAGAUGAGCACCGCAACCCCAUAGUCGCCUUUGACUGGACCUAACUGUCCAAGAGUCCUUUACCUUUUACCUUAUUAAGGUAACAAAGGAAAUGGUUCUGUGCCUGACAGCAAAUGGGUGAGUCCACCUCCCUCAACUCACUGAUAGUUAGAAAGACAAAGGCCAGAGUUGAGGGUUGAGGUGUGUGUAAGAUAGAAGCUGGAAACAAGGCAGCAAGCUAGAAAAGCAGGAGGUCAGAGCCAGGCCUAAUUUCUGCUAGGAUCCAAACCUGUGGCUAUGGGAGAAGCAAGACCCUUUUGAGGUGUUGAUGCUGUGAGCCCCUCCAUCAUAGACUCAGGUUGCAUACAUGUGUAAAGAACCCAUAUUAUCAUAAAGACACCACAGUCUCCCCUGUGCCUCAUUUUGAGGAAACCGAACCCUGAAACAGCUGAAAUCUCACACUGCUUGGAGAUUGGGGUGGUGUGCAUCAUAGAGUAGACGUAGGUGGUGUGCUGUCUUUCCCCACUGCCAUCCCCACAAUGUAAUGUCUGCACUUUUUCAAAUAAUUAUGAGCCAAUUUCAAACUCUUGUGAAAAAAUAUUUAUUUGCAUAUAGCAUUCUCCAGUGCUGCUUCUAACUGGCAAUCCAUUUUUUAUUUGAGUCAAGGGGAAUUCCUGUUUUCAAAACCGAUCGUUCUGUCCUAGUGAGGAACGAACACAUUUCCCUUUGCAUAUAAAAGUCGUUCUUGCACACAUAAAAAGGACAAUUAAUGACACAAACACUACCCACCCGCCCCCAAGCAUUCAACAACUUGGUGCAUGCACAGUAAAACAUCGGUUUGGGCCUGCUUUGUGUGGAAACGAGGAUGUGACUCAAUGGCCACAUGCCUGUCAUGUGUAAUGUGUAGGACAGGGAUGCCCCAUUCCCACAACCCUGUAGUUGUCUUCAGAAGGGGAAGGAAGGACAUUCUCCUCCUGUUAUCUCAUAGUUGGUCGUGACAUGGUGGGGUGGACUCCCAAGUGUGGCGCUUUUCUUUCUCCCACAUUGCUGAAUGGCACCAUUACAUUUAUACAGGAGGAGGAAAGUAAAGGGAUGCAUUCAGGGACACCACUAGCAUGGACACAAGAGACAGUUAAGCAACAAGCGUAGCCCGCUAAAGAGGAACAGAGCUGGCUUAAAUAUACUACUGUAUUGUUAUUAAUCCAUUACACAACACAUUCUUCCCUUGCAAUCAUUUUCGAUUUUCGUAAAGAUCUUCAGGCUGAUUGCAUGCCGUAAAAAAAAAAUGUCCCAAAAUCAAUUGUAAAAGGUAUGAAAAACACAAUAUUGCUAAUACUUUAUCGACUGCGUUAUUAAAUGUCACGCUUCUGAUGAUAAUGAUCUUCCUUAUGGGCUGAAUGUGUCACAGUAACCUUCUUCUUGAUAGCAUCAAUGAGCCCACCAAAGCGAUGCCACGUGAUGCAACUCUCUCAAGCAGUUGCACAAACAGAAGUGAGGGAUGCUUCUUUGAUGUUGCCUAUUAGCUUGGGCUUAGAAGCAAGCUGUGUCCUGCAAUAUGCCGUUCAGCCACAAGGGUGAGCCAGCAAGCAUUUUCCACCGCAUCUUAAACUAGCUAUAACAAAGUCUCUAGCAAGGACAAGCCGUUGCAAUAACUCAGCAUGCCACUCAGAUCCUGAAGUUCUUUAGAUGAUGAAUAUUUCCUUGGGCACCUUUGUCUUAGAGCUGUUGGCCAGCAUGAGCUGCAAGCUUUAUUGACUGUUAUUCUCUUCUGCUGCAUCAGCUUUAACCAGGUUUGUGGACACAAUCGCUCUCAGCUCUAUCAGAAUUAAUGGCAGAAGGUCAGGCUCUCUCAGCAGGGCGCCUGCCUGAUUUGCUCCCUGACUGACUCCACUCCAAAGGACCUAGCAGAGAAAAAAGCCAUGUUGUCCUCUGGGAAACAGGUGCCAAAAAGAACAGAUUUGCAAUAAGCCAUCAGUACUUUGUAUUUGACCUUCUGUGAGUAAACCACACGGUCAUCCCUUGUGAGUCUUCACUCUCCCAUCCUCCCCUCCCUCUCUAAAACUAUAUUGUAAGCUUCUUGAGGUAGGAACUUCAAUUUCAUUAUUUAACAUGGCCCUCUAAAGUGCCAUGCACACCAGGGGUAGGGAACCUUAGGCCUGAGGGCCAAAUCUGACCCUCCAGGCAUCUCUCUCUGGCCUUUGGAACUCUCCCCAGGCCACACCCCUCACUGGUCCCGCUCCACAGCCGCCGCCUCCUUUCCUUUUGCCUGGCUUGAAUGACUCCCGGAACUGUAAUUAUGCCUCUUCCUUGCCUUAAUGGAGCAAUGUACAUGGAGGUCUAUGUGGCUGGACAGUAGCCUACUGGACAAAGACAAAGACAAGGCAUUAAUUGCCCUACUCACCAAUGGCAUGUGCCUUUGCACCCCCCAAGCUCAUUGCUUGUCUGGGGGCGGGGAGAUAGAGAGAGGUGUGUGAAUAUGUGCAGAAACCAGCCAACUGUACAAAGGCAAAAUGUCCAUUUGUUGCACCAUUCACUUUCACCUGUAGCCAUACCCAUCAGUGCAUGUGGCCCUCAGAAGGUUAUCCGGAAGGGAAUGUAGCUGAAAAAGUUGCCAUUCCCUGAUGUACUUCAAAGCAGCUACAGUCAUAAUAAAUAGCACCCCCAAACUGUAUCCAGUUGUGCCUUUCCACUGAUGGAAAAUUCUUUGGUCCAUCAGAAACUGUUAGUGGAAGGGAGGGGAGGAAGAGGUGGCAAUUUUUGCUAAUCCUAUUUCCCUCUGAAAUCUCCCGAGUCCACUCCACCCCAAAUCACCUCUAAAUGGACCCUUUAAAGUCGUGUGGCAGCUGGUGCAGGGGAAUGCAGGAGAAACGAGGAAUUUGCUAGCAUCAUUUCUCUUUUUGCACCCUCUUUGCACUUAUGGAAGCUGAAUUAAACAGCAUUCCACCAAUUGAUAACAGCAAUAGCACCCUGUUUUCAAAGGGUUGCCUCUAGUCCUGAAAAUAUUGUACUCCUAUAAAACAUGGGACUAUUUUCAUGGGCAUUUGGCAUCGGCCCCGGAUAGGUGGUUCUCAUUUUUUUUAAAAAAAAGAUAUUUAUUAGAGUUUAAAUAUUACAAAAAAAAGAAAAGAGAAAAAGAAGAAAUACAAGCAAUAAACAAUUACAAAACCUCAAAAACAUAAGGAAAUACAAUAAUACAAAACAUCAACAGUACAUCAUAACAUAAAAAGAAAGGAAAAAAAAAACUUUAAAAAAAAUAGCAGGAAAAAAAGAAGAAAAAAGAACAAAAAAGAAAAACCCCGUAUUUUCAUAUCCUUAUCUUUCAUUUGCUUAUUUCCUCGACUUCCUCACACCUCCUUUUUUGUAUUCUAGUUCAAUUGAUUGUUCCAGCAAAUCCUUUCCCUCUUUCUCAAAUUUAGUUCCAUAAUUUAUCUUAACGCAAUUUAACCUUAAGUUUAACCUUUACCCAUUGUCGGUCUAUUCAUACUUAAUUCUUUAUAACAUUUCAACUAAAGUCGUAUAACUUCUUUCCAGCAUCCUUCUAACAUUCAUUAAUUUUACAAUGUUUCUGUAAAUAUACUUUAAAUUUUUUCCAAUCUUCUUCCACCGACUCUUCUCCCUGGUCUCGGAUUCUGCCAGUCAUUUCCGCCAGUUCCAUGUAAUCCAUCAGCUUCAUCUGCCAUUCUUCCUUGGUAGGUAAAUCUUGUGUCUUCCAGUGCUUUGCGAUAAGUAUUCUUGCUGCUGUUGUGGCGUACAUGAAAAAAGUUCUGUCCUUCUUUGGCACCAAUUGGCCUACCAUGCCCAGGAGAAAGGCCUCUGGUUUCUUUAGAAAGAUGUAUUUAAAUACCUUUUUCAUUUCAUUAUAAAUCAUCUCCCAGAAUGCCUUAAUCCUUGGGCAUGUCCACCAAAGGUGAAAGAAUGUACCUUCAGUUUCAUUACAUUUCCAACAUUUAUUAUUGGGCAAAUGGUAGAUUUUUGCAAGCUUGACUGGUGUUAUGUACCACCUGUAAAUCAUUUUCAUUAAAUUCUCUUUUAAGGCAUUACAUGCCGUAAACUUCAUACCAGUGGUCCAUAACUGUUCCCAGUCAGCCAUCAUAAUAUUAUGUCCAACAUCUUCUGCCCAUUUAAUCAUAGCAGAUUUCAUCUUGAGUAUUCCAUUUCAACAGCAAGUUGUACAUUCUUGACAAUGGAUAGGUGGUUCUCUGUCAGGUUUAUCUGGCUGCCAUAACAGCACUGGGUGGCUGUGCCUAUUUACGCUUUUUAACUUCCCAUGAUGAUGCAGGGUGACACUAGGACAGGGGCAUUGUAAGCACAUGAGAAGAGCUCUGCUGGAUCAGACCAAAGGCAUAUCUAGACCAGCAUCCUGUUCUCACAGUACCCACCAGAUGCCCACCGGAAGCCUGCAAGCAGGACCUGAUCGCAACACCUGUAAUUCCCAGCAACCGGUAUUCAGAGGCCCAGGUGGUGAGUUCCCAUUGACAGCCUGAUCCUCCACGAAUUUGUACAGUCUUCUUUUAAAGACAUCCAAGUUGGUGCUCAUUGCUGCAUCUUAUGGGACUGAAUUUCAUGGCGUAGUGUAGGAAAUUAAAAGAAAGGCUAGAUCAGGAGGACCCAGGACAGGUAUUAGCAGUGGCCCCUGCUUUAAAAAGCCAGGGCCCUGGCAGCUCUCCAAGGAUGCCAGGUGCUGAAACCUGCUCUGUUAGUCUUUGCAGGUCGCCAUAUUGGAAACUCAGAGUUCGCUUGUACAGUGGUACCUCGGGUUAAGUACUUAAUUCGUUCUGGAGGUCCGUUCUUAACCUGAAACUGUUCUUAACCUGAAGCACCACUUUAGCUAAUGGGGCCUCCUGCUGCCGCCGCGCCGCUGGAGCAUGAUUUCUGUUCUCAUCCUGAAGCAAAGUUCUUAACCCGAGGUAAUAUUUCUGGGUUAGCGGAGUCUGUAACCUGAAGCGUAUGUAACCUGAAGCAUAUGUAACCCGAGGUACCACUGUACCAAAGUUCUAAGGAGAUACACACAACCACAUGGGCAUGUAUGCAUUUUUAUAGCAAGUGGGAAUUGCUCCCAAUUGUCUUGUUACUGGAGUUUGCCAAAUAGCCUGAGCUUUGUUUUUUCCAGCUGCUUUAUAGGGGCCAGACAAGACAUUUUGUUAUAGAAGCUGACAGGGCUAGCACUUGAAUCUUCCUUCAACACCGUCCAUAGCACACUGCCCUCAGCAACCUUGCUUAGAGGUCAAAGGGCUGGUCACAUUGCAUACACAGUUCUAGCCUUCAACAUCUCUCCAACAUAAUGGAGGAGCCAGUCCUAGUCUCUCCUGAGAAACACUUCUAAGUUGGCGCUGGGAAAGGCUGGACAGAGGUAUCUGCAAUUAAUGAAGGAGUAAAGAAAUCGGCUCAGGGUGCAUCAUCUUUCAAUACAAGAAGCCUUCUGUUCUCUCUCUGGUGUUUAUGCAGCUUUUGCUGCUCAGAUAUUCAGCUUUUAAAACCCUCAGCAAUUUAACACAAAACCUCUGAUGCAUCUCUAAUGAGCGAGUAUAAUUAGACGAACCAGGCUCACAACACUGUUCUGCGAAGGAUUGUCUCCACGACAAACCUUUGAAAGGCAAAAGACAAACCCCACCGGAAUACACAAAAGCAGCAGCUACAAAAUACCAUAUGGGGAUAGUGAUGCUGAAUAUAUCAAAGAAAUCAAGAGAGAGAAAAUAUAUUUCGGAAGGAGUCAACAUAUGGCAAGCAUCAGGCAAGCUGAGAGAAUGUUUAUUCUGUGACCUGUGUAAGAAGCACAACAAUAAUGCUGGAUGUGGGGGGCAGGGAGGGUGUGGUGUGUGUGUGUGUGCGUGGGGGGGGGGGAGAGAUCAGUUUACACAGAAGUGGAAGGAGGAGGCACUCAUCGCAUAUCUCCUGCACAGAAAAACAACCUAUGGAAGAUGAUGAAAGAGCCACACAUGGUGCUUUAGCUGCCCCUGACUCAGCUGUGGUUCCUGAAAAAGUGUUCCAGAUUUCAGAAUACUAUUUUUUGGCAGUGACAUUCAUUCAGACAGAGAAUCUGUCACAUCAUGGCCUUCAUUAAUUAUACAAGACAACAGAACAUUUUGCGUAUCCUCACACUCUGCCAACAGGAGUACGUCUGUUCAGGGUUCUGGUUUCCCCAACAUUCUGCAAGGCAGCUUUUGCCAACAUGGUGCCCUGCAGAUGUUGUUGGCUGGGGCUGGUAGGAGGUGUACUCCAGCAAUGUCUAAAGGGCACCAGGUGAGCAGAGGCUGCUGUAAGGGGUCACUUGUGUCCCCAGUUCCAGUCAUAAGCAGCUUCUGAUUGUACCUCACCGUUUCACAGCACAAGCGGAAAAGGUUUUCUGUUCACAAGUUCCAGUGCUAGAGUCUCUAAUCCAGUUUGCAUUAGUUGUGAGUAAUGUCCUGUGAAAGUCAACAGAAGUAGCCAGUUGGCUAUGACCAAGUUCCAUUGUUUGAAACUGAUGAACCUUACAGGGGAGUGACCGCUGUGUUUGUGACAACGCAGCAAUAUGGAAGUUCUGUGCAUGGUGUUAGAUCUCUCGUGGCCAAUUCACUCAUGUAAGUCAACCCCUGAUGUCAUUAGACAGUAGACAUGCAUGUGAAAAGGAGUCCUCAGAAAUGGAAGGGGGACAGUUGUGGGCAGUUUCUACAGGAGCUUGAAGAGAUGUUGAAAUCCUAUAUCAGAUUUUUAAGACUGUCUUUCAGCAGAACCCUAUAUACAUAGGCUAGCACUGUUACUGCAGGUGUAGCCAAUGUGGGGCCCUCCAGAUGUUGGUGGAUUACAGCUUCCCUCAUCUCUGAACACUGGCUAGGCUGAUGAGUCCAAUGUCGCCUGGAGGACACUUUGUUUGCUGCUCUGGACCGACUGCAAUAAUCACUGUAAUGCAUAUUUAUGCAUAUCAUCAGGAUUGGACCUUCAACUUUUUAUACCAACUAGUGCUUGACACUAGUUCCAAGACGCUUUGGACCCUUCGUCAAACUGAGUUGCUUAAUGUACAUUAAAAAAUACAUUCCACUAUAUUUUCCCAUCAGGCACGAAUAACGCCAGAGAUCUGAUUAACCUGUAGUCCAACACAGUCAGUCAAAGCUUUGCAGUUCCUUCCAGUGAGCCAAAAUCGAGGCAUGAUCCAUUUCAGGGCCAUUUGGGUUAGUCUGUAUCUGCCCCUGCUUCUUCUGCAAUGUUCUUGCACAAAAUAAAUGUAUGGCUAACUGUCACACCUCUCUCUCUCUCUCUCUCUCUCUCUCUCUCUCUCUCUCUCUCACACACACACACACACACACACACACACACACGCUUCUCUGCUGCCAGUAACUUUAACAGAAGUCCCCAGGGAAAUAACCAUUAAGCAAACAUCUGUGCUUUCCCUAUACAUCACAAUUUCAGCUGCUUUUCAGAGAGGCGGCUGACACAAAGGAUCUGCCAGUUUUGCCAAAGCCCAAACUCAGCAGCAGCAGAAACCUUGAGUCAAGAGUGAUGCUGCACAACACAGCGUUGCUAAAUGGGUUAUGAGCAUCCGGGUGCAAUAGAUGUCAAUUUUUACAAUAAGUAUCUCCCCUGAGAAGCUGCUGUAGGAUUAGUAUUGUCAGCCGUCGAGUGUCAUCUGUCUGGGAAUGGUACUUAGUAUUGUCAUCUGUCAAAAUGAUUAAGUGAGCCAAAAUGCUCUGUUUUUAGAGCUUUUAUGAUAAAAACAAAAAUCCAUCACACAAAGGGUCUCCUCAUCAUCUGUGUUGCACUUGGGUAAUAUGUCUGUGGAAAAGAAUGCAAGGAGUUUGAGGGACAAGGCAGGGAAGGGGGAGAGGAAAGUGGGCAAAGGGAUGUCUCUUCCUUAAGGAAACCAGACGAGACUGCAGGGCUUUUCUUAAUGGCCUCAGACUAAAACUCUCAUCAGCAAGGAUGGGCAAUUGGAGUCAUUUGCUAAGAUUGGACACCCUGACUUGUUAGGAAUAAAAUUAGCUAGAAUGACAGGUCACAAGUCUUCAAGAGAAGAGUACAGGAUCCACCAAGUGACAGGGCUAUUCACACUAUUGCUUCAGCACAAGGUGGCCGGUUCGCGUCUCCGCUCCUCCACAUGCAGCUGUUGGCUGACCAUGGGCCAGUCACACUUCUCUGAAGUCUCUCAGCCCCACUCACCUCACAGAGUGUUUGUUGUGGGGGAGGAAGGGAAAGGAGAUUGUUAGCCGCUUUGAGACUCCUUAGGGUAGUGAUAAAGUGGGAUAUCAAAUCCAAACUCAUCCUCUUCUUCAUUCAGCACACAGGAAGGUGAAAACUGUAUGGUGAACAGUGACAUUCCAAGUUCAAUACUAUUUGCACACAUUACGUGCCAGUUGGGUCAUUAAGACUGGUUCAGGUUACAGUGUGGGUUAGAGAGGACAUUCUGCAUUGGGGACAACCAACAUGAUGCUCUCCAGUUGUUGUUGGACUACAGCUCCCAUAAUCUCUUAUCAUUGGCCAUGCUGGCUGGGGAUGAUGGGAGCUGGGAGUCCCUGUUCUACAGCAUGUAAGCUGUGGGAUGGGUUUAUUUGGGGCUUGCCAUUGUUGGCACAGUGUUGACUUUCAUAGCUGAAUCCCAGUAUGAUGUAUUCUGGGGACAGCAUGAGAGGUUCAAAUCAUCACCCCCAUCACAGCAGUGAUGAGAAUGGGAAAGGUCAAUGCUUUGAGCCCUAUGUUCAGAAUACCAGAGAGUGUCUUCAUUUUCAAGGCUAUGAAACAACCCACAUUAUAAAAGUCCUAAAUACUUGGGAAGCCCAUUUGUUACAUGGAGCUGGUAGAAGGGCCUCAGUGCUAUGAGAACAAGCCAACAGAAUCCUGCUUGUGACAGUUCUGAAAAAUCUGAUGCUUCUCUGCUCUUAUAUGCUCUGCAGUAGCAUUAUUUCUCUCUUCCUUGGAGUGUAGUUUGUGUGGGGAGAGGAGUGGGGGGGGGGGGCUCCUCACAUACAAUAUUUCCUUUUACCAGAAGCCUACAAAAACCUGGAGAAGUUGCACUUUAAAGUAACAUGACCAUCACAUCAGGCUCAUCCUGAGGCCACGAAUGCCGCCUCAACACAAAACUGAGCUAGAGCACUUUCUGAAGAAUUGCCUGGCCUAACUGUUUCUUUUGCAUUAAUAGAUGCCUGUCAGGAUACAGCUGCCAUUAGUGAGAUGUAUUAGGCUGUGGAACUGUCGCUUUAAGAGGAGUGAUGGAAGGCCUGUCCCACAAGACAUUGAAACCUGGGAGAAGGCACCCGCAAGGACACAUCUUGCACCGUCUCCUUGAGGGAAGGGGCUGGGGGCCCUUUCCCUAAUUGGCAAUGCAUCUUGGCUUCCCAGCCGUCAGCUGCCACAUGAUUUGCAAUGGGGUGGAUUUUGGGCACCCUUCCAGCAGCGCAGCACCAAAAGCAAAGGCAUUUUUUGCAAGAGGGGCAGCCUGGUGCACCCCCAGCCCAGCCCAGCCAUUACUUAAGACAGACAUCUAAUAUGUUUGGAUUAUUAAACGGCUUGAUACAAGUCAUUCUUCAGACUCCGAUGCUGACAUCAAUUAUGUUAAUUUGUCCCAAUGAUGCAAUGAUAAUUUAAUGCCUCAUUAAACCGAAUGGACUUAUAAAGCUGCCAGUUGAGAGCUUCAACCUUGCCCUGGGCAGUCUUCCACUCUGUUCUUUAUAUCUAUAUAUUAAUAGCAACACAUGCACCAAUCUCCACUGUGUUUGUGUCACCCAGGCUGCUGUCAUCGUAUUUGUUAGUAGCAAUAUUGAACAGAAAUCCAGCAUGUCAGUAUUUCCCAGUAGAAGCUGUGGCAAUGACGCUUCCUCUUCCCCCUGCCAGAGGAGGCAUCUGUUGGAGCAUGCUCAGUAGGUAGCAUUCCAGGAUGGGCAGGCUGCUUUCAGAAGAUGCCAGCAGUCCAGCCUGGCCCAAGGAGAGAGAAAAUUUGCCCCAGGAAAUUUAGCAAGGCUGGCAGAGUCCAUUAACCUUUAAGUCUGCAGGGAUAUGCUGGGAUCAAGCUAUCAAUUAGAGGCUCCUUUUAAGGCAAUGGAAGUUACUUGUUUUGGGAAUGGUUAGAUGUUGCUUUGGUUGAAUUAACAGGAAAGCUGUAUUAAGAAUAUGUUUAUUAGUUAUUGAUAAAUAUUGUCAGGUGUUUGAAUGGUACGUAUGUGAAGAGGAGGAGCUUAUUAACUUAACAACCCUGGUUGAAAAGCCAGAACUGAACUGAACAGGCUGGAAUAGCCCCUAUGUAAUAAACAGUUCUCCAGACAGCAUGGUGUGCUAGACAUCCUUGAGAGCAAUAUUUUGGUACUCAUAUCAUUCCAAUAUUAUACUUUUAAUAACCCCUUCACACCCAGAAACCAUCCAGAACAGAAGGGAAUUGUUUAGCUAGAUUGUAAGCUGCCAGUCCAACCUGUUCUGGACCACAACAUGCAGGGGGCGGGGAGGGGUUUUGCCUUCACAUGUAGACCUGUGGCUGCCCACUCUGCACUAUGGGAUGCUAGAGUAGAUUCACCAAUGACCUAAUCCAUCUGAACUCUUUUUAUAUUUCUUUUCUUUAAAGGCCAGGAAGAACCAUAUUCUACACUCUGGCCUGAUAACGGUGGCAGUCUUUUCUUUCUUUCUUUCCUUUUUGCAGGCUCAUAAAUCAAUCAAUCACUAGUUCUCAAGAAGGAAAACACCUUCAGGACAAUAAAGUGCUGUAGUUAGUGCUGCACAUUCCAGACCAAUAAAAUAAAAUAAAAUAAAAAUAAAAUGGCUUAGGGACAAACUAGAUCCUUGAAUCUACCCCCCUUUUCCUUUGGUUAAAAAUGGCCAUCAGAGGGUAAGGAAGAUUUAGAGCACAGGGAGGGGUGGGUGGGUGAGGGUUAACCCUUUGUAUAGGCUGGCACCAACUUUGAUGAGUUUUCAGCACCUAUUAUGGUGAUUUGACUAUGUCGACUAGAUUUGGUUUGCUGCUGUUGCUGAUCUUGUGCAAUUUUAUCUGCUGUUUUAUUAUGUGGCAGUUCUGUUUUAAAGUUCUAAAAUUUAUUAAAUUGUGUAUUUAAUUAUUUUUAAUAAUUAAAUACAUAAAUAUGCCAGACCCAUUUCCUCUCUGCUAUUACUGCCUGUGGGCCACUGUGAGCACAAGAAGAUCUCCCUGUUUGUAAGAUUUCUGUGCCUUGUAUUGUAUUGAAGGGCAGCCACGUUCUCUUGCCAGAGAAGAUGCUAGCUUUUUGCAGUCUCCCAGAAGGUGGAGUAAACUACAUUAAGUAUGUGUAGCUCCCUUUAACAUCACCAUUUGAGUUAAAUUUUGUUCCAAACUGGAAGGUAAAAUUGUGCUUUUGAGUAGCUCUGCCCCUUCAACCUUUCUAAGCAGCAUUCAAAUGACAGGAUGUGAUAGUCUUCUAAGAUUCAAGCAGCCACCUGCUUAAAAUAAAUAGUUUUGCCCUUUGGAAUUACAAACAAGCAAUAAAAGAGUGCUUUGUGUUGGAAUAUAAAGCUGAUGUCUCAUCACAAGACUGCUUGGUCAUACUUCCUCGUCAAGACUGUAUUCCCCCAAUUAGCCAAUCUAUCAGCUCUCAUUUCAUCUAAAUGUGCAGGGCAGGAUUCACCUAAUGAAUCUCACCAGUGGAAACCCUGCACUAGGACUUCUGCUUGUGCAAUGGGAGUCUCCUCCCCCCACUGCUUUUGUGGGAUCAAGAGAACCAACAGUAAAAUGCUUGUGCUGAUGGAAUGAAUUCACACCACAGAUUCCACCACGAGUGAAUUUCGCAAGUCUGCUGUCCGUGAAUUGGAGGGCAGUGAGAAUGGCAACAAGGGGGCAAAGCUAGCACAUUGUUUUCUGCUGCCCUCUCAUAUAAUAACACUAUAGUGUCUGGAGUGGGCUGACUAGCUAUGCUAGAUUCAGAUCAAGACAGCAUUCCAUAAUUAAAACAGUGUCAUUACCCGGCAGCAUUUCUAAACAUAUUCCUGCUUUUCUGUUAGCCAAACGCACUUUCCUCGGUUGUGGAGGCCAGGGUCAGAGCAAAACAGUGCCCUGUUCAAGGUGGGUGGCUCUGCUGCCCCUGAGUCGUCCUCUCCCUUCCGUGCUGCCUUGCCUCCCUGCUUACCCAUAAACUCUUUAGCUAUUAGUUGGAAAUUAUCACAACUAAUUUCAAACCAGAACUUCUAGCCACAGAAGCAAAGUAGUAGUAGUCAAAACGGUAUUGUUCCUGGCUACCUUGCCCAGAAUGCUUCACUCUGAGGAAGGAGUCUUCUUUCCUCAGAGCAACACAGCAUGGAGGGGGAGGACGAAAGGCGCAUAAGAGUUUUGCAGGAUGGGUGGCCAGAGGUAUAGCAAGUGGCAAAGGUGGAGCUGAUCUGCCUCCGUUUGUCUAAUGAUAGGCCUGUACUGACUGAUGCAUUUAGAAUUUCCCCCCUUUUUCCUGCCAUAUAUUUACCAUUCUGCAAAGCCUGCAGGGAGUAAAAGGGGCAAUGAAAGCACAGAUAUAUUCCACCUUCUGAUAGCGGUACUUAAAAUUCUGUAUUAGAACAAAGGCCUUGACUUUGAUCUGGACUUCUGCCCUACCAAAUGGUAGCAUAUGGCACCGUUUGUGUGCGCUGGUUGUUAAAAAGACAGGCAGAGAGAAAGAUCAGGAGUUAAGCACAAAAUAUCAAGUUUAUUCCUAAAACCACAGCCACAUCAUCUAUACAAGGUGCACACCUAAUUUCCAAUAUGUGAUAUCUAUUUUUUACCUUACAUUACAUAUUACAAUGCAAAGAAACCUCAUAUGAAAUAAAUGCAAAGAAUAUAAUAUCUUUUCCACAUUUGCUCAUAACAUUGUUCGUUCUGGCAGUGAUUCGGGACUUCAGUGGUCUCUUUCUGCUCCCCGCCUCCCAAAAAACCUGAGAAUGAUCAUUCCCAUUUCCAAAUUUUGUUAUUCAUCCUUUUUUAUUUGUUUUUAUGAGAAACUGUUACAGAUUUUGGUAGCAUGCUUAGACUGUCUCAUACCAGCACAGCAGCCCUGCAUAUUUUUCAUCUGAACACCAGCAGACAUUACAAAAGGACAAUUUUGAGGGUGUCAUCUGUGGAACUUUCCCACUUCCUAAAAGUUCAUAAGAAUUGCAGGGUAACUAGUUGCUUAGUAAAGCUAUCUCUGCUGGUGGUGAAUGUUCAAAGCAGCCCGUUUCAAAAUAGAGAGGUCCACUGACUUACAUGAACAUUCUCUAAGGCCAGACAAGAGAAGGGGAAAAGAACAGAAAGACCCACAAUACAGAACCAAUCAAUCUAGCCAGUCAAAAUGGCUGGUGAUGCAGAUAAUGCUAUAGUACAAAAUAGGUCAGCAGUGUAAUCACAGCAUGCUGUAGGGAGAAGUGUUCUUACACAAUAGGCACAGUUAAGUACAGAUGCACAGCUCUUUUAAAUAGCCAGGCAUUGAGGACUAAUGUGGCAAUUUGUAAAUGGUUUUCAGUUAAAGAUGGCACCAGUACAGUGAUUUUGCUUUAAAAUAGAGAGGAAUCUGGGGAGGCGGGACACAAGGGGCUAUGCUUCUUGGAUUGCAAAGUGCCAGCUGAAAAAGGCACCACUAUAAUGGUAGAUAAUGACAGGAUGAGCCUACAGUCGCAUCAAGUUUAUCUGCACAGUUAAUUACUUAAACUAAUGGUAUUACAGAGAGCUCAAGUGGUGUCUGAAGAGCAAAAAAGGUUCUCUCAUCAUCCAGGUAUUUGAGUUUCAGUCCAUCUGUGUUCACAAUGUGAUCUGAGGUAGUUUAGAGUAGGUAAAGUGAACCAAUUUAUUAUAUAAGGGGGAAGCAGGAAGCAAAGUCAAUGCAAAAAGUCAUGACUUGGUAAGUAGUCUGAGGUGAGCAGGGAAAGGCAGAAAGUAUCUCAGGAAUGAGAACCACUGAUAGAGGUAAGUGGAGAACUCUGUAUGGCCCACUGGAACUGACCAACAAGGACUUUGAUCAGAGUGUACAUCAGACAUGUCUGAAUACGUUAAGGAAUGAUGGCAGGGCAAAGUAGGGAAGGAGAUCAUAUUGUAGAGCUGGAGAAAGCACAGUGGGAAAAGAAACAGAACUGAAAUGAUCGAGGGGAAUGGAGUUUCUUAAAAGCUGGGAAAUUUUAAGGACAGGGUUGAGAAACCUGAGGCCCUUCAAUGCUGUUGGACUGAAACGUCCAUUAUCUUUGACCAUGGCCUUGAGGCUGGAUUGUUGGGAGUUAGAAUUCAACAAUGUUUGGAGGGGCCACAGCUUCAUAGCCAAAGUACCACACUCAUUACAUAUGGUAUGUACAAACUGCACGAACUUCAGCUGAGGGGCAGGUUUGUGUUCAGGAGUGUCAACAGGGAAACAACCCCAAACUUCCAAGUAUGCAACGAGGAUAUGGGACUUCAUAGAUCAGAAAAAUGGCAAGUAAGAGGUGACAUGAUAGAUGCUUAUAUAAUUAUGCAUGGCAUAGAGAAGGUAGAUAGAGAAAGGUUUUUCUCCCUCUUUCAUAACACUACAACUCGUGGACAUCCAGUGCAGCUAAAUGUUGGAAGAUUCAGGACAGAUAAAAGAAGGUCCUUCACGCAGCACACAGUUAAACUAUGGAACUCGCUCCCACAUGAGGCUGGCCUUGAAAUAGGAUUAGAAAAAAAUCAUGAAGGAUAAGGCCACCAAUGGCUACUAUGCUCUGCCUCUGUGGCCAGAGGCAGUAAAGCUGAGUAUCAGAUGCUGGAAACUCCAGGAGGGGAUAGUGCUCUUGUACCUGAAUCCUGCUUGCAGGUUUUCCACAGGCAUCUGGUUGGCCACGGAAGGAACAGGAUACUAGACUAGAUACGCCAUUGUUGGCCUGAUCCAGUGGCCCCUAAAUUUUGACACUCUCCCCAGAGGCACACCUAGUAUAUUAAUUGUACAGCUUUUGUCCUGUGGUGAAGAUGCAUCUCUUUACCCUGGUCUUUGACAGUUAAGGCAUUUCUCUUUUGUGGGACCCACUUCUUUUGCUGAAUAUAUACUGCUGGGUUCCACUUGAAGCUGUUUUACUUGUUUUUAUAACUGUAAUUUGUUUUAUUUGUUUCUGUAACUGCAUUUUAUGGUUGUAAGCUGCCCUGUGACCUUAUGAUGGAGCAUGGAUGAGAAAUCUUGCAAACAAACAAACAAAUGCUCAGCGCAAUUCCUAUUCCCCAAAUUGCUUUACUCCAAGGCAGCUUUCAGAGAAGCCCAUUGGAAUACUGUAGUGGAAGAAAUGAUGCUGGAUGCAGUUCUUUAUAAUGCCACCCCCCCUCCCCAGUCUGAUACUGCAUAGAUCUUCAGCUAAUUAUGUAUAAUUGACUGGUUUGUGGAUGAGAAAUCAAAAGCACAGGGCAGGGCAGGAUACAACCGGAAGGUUGACAGGGGCUCAAUUGAUGGCAAAGAUUCAGAACUAAUCAUAUUUAGCUUUGAGUAUUUCUGGUAAAAGUUUUCCUUUUAAUUAGGAGGCACAGGACAGAUACACUACCCAAGUGUAGGACAGACAGCUGGAGAGCCAAAUUUCCAUAAUGUCAUCAUCUUUCAGAAAAGCAAAUAGGAAAUAUGAUCAAACGCUGAAGGUAGAGCAGGUGGAGCGAAGGAGGACAAGAAUGUGAGCAAUAAGUGUGGAAAGAGAAAAUGAGAAGCAGUUAGGUGUGGGGACAGACUGAUAAGAGAGCGUUCUGGGAGUUCGGGAACAUUAUGCUAAUACAAUUCUCCAGGGCUCUAGACACACUUUCAUUGCUGUCCUUUUUAUAACACAGUGUAGAUUAUUCAGAUCCAUAAAUUAAUGGUAAGAUGGACAAGAAUGCAUAACUAAGCUUUGUGACUUGUUAAACAGCCUGGGUGCGCUUUCUAAACUAUAAAUGUCACCAUGCCACAUAGGAUGAAAAGAGGAACCUGUUAACUAGAAGAAUUCUUUUCAGGAUAUAUUAGGUCCUAGCCACAUUGAAAUCAAUAUAGUUCAUCUUUACCAACAGUCCUGCCACCAUACACACUUCAUUUUGUCAAUACAAGGAAAAUAAUUGGUCUAAAUUCUGGAUUUGCUAGCACUGUCCCUGUUACUACAACUAAAUAAAAUGCCAGAUCCAGUUGUUGGGUUCUGUCUCUCUGACUUGUUAGAAUGGGGGCAGGGGAUCUGUUAGCCUUUAGAUGUUGCUGGACUCAUCUCCCACCAGCCUCAGCCAGGAAGGCCAAUGAUAAAGGAUGAUGAGAACUGGAAUCUAGAAAGGCAUAGAGUCCAUAUAUUUGCAUUAGCAUGACUGAAAAAAAUUAAAUCCAGGGCAGGGGUUGCACUCCUCACAAGACACUUUGGCCACAGGAAAAAGGCCAAAUGAUUUCUUGAGCACACUUCAAUGUUUCCCCUAUAAAAAGGGACACUGCUGCAUGCCCCUCAAAGUGGUAGCAUGACUGGUCCAGUAAAGUGUGAUGGGUGUGUUUGCAAUUCAUUUCCGAGAGCAGAACUACUCUUGCCCUUGACAGGUGCUCAUUCUGUUUCCUCCUUUCUGUCGAUUUCAUGGCAUUUCACCAGUACAGUUGUACCUCGGAAGUCGAACGGAAUCCGUUCCGGAAGUCCAUUCGACUUCCAAAACGUUUGAGAACCAAGGCGCAGCUUCCGAUUGGCUGCAGGAAGCUACUGCAGCCAAUUGGAAGUCACGGCGGACGUUCGGGUUCCAAAGAAUGUACGCAAACCAGAACAAUCACUUCUGGGUUUGUGGUGUCCGGAAGCCAAAACAUUUGUCUCGUAAGGUGUUUUACUUCCGAGGUAUGGUUGUAUUCUGUUUUGAAUUUCAGAGUUGUGCUAGUAGCAUUUAAACAUACUUUCUCCCUUUGAGACUCCAGAAUAGCUACUUUGUAUGCCUAGCUUUUCAUCAUUACACAUCUAUUUUCAUCCUACUGGCAUAGAGCAGGACCAACCCCAAACAUUCUGCUGCCUGGUACAGAGCAUAAGUUGAUGCACCAGCACUGCCCUGCUCUAAUUCCGGGUGCAUGAUAUAGAAGACUAGACAAGUUAUUGAGGCAGAAAAUUCUGUAAGGCUCCUGGCAGGCAACAACAACAGUAACAAACUAAAUAACUAUUUCCUACCCUUUUCGUGACACUUCAGGUCAGCUGCCUGAAACAAUCACUGCACUCUGCCUAGUGAUAGGGCUAGCACAGAGCACUGACUCGAAAGCAGGUUUUCAAGCUUGUUUGGUAUAUCAAACCAGUCCUUGUGUAACCAAUUAAUUAUAAGGUUUUAAGAUGCUAGCUUAAAAAAAAUCAAAGGGUUUUCAAAGCACAUCCUCCCCAAUGGCAUUGAAUGGGAUCUUGCAAAAUCCAUUUACCAACAUGGUAAUUUAAAUACUAGAUAAUUAUAAUAAGUAUUGGUGGCAACUCAAGGGAGAGGUCAAAAGUGGGUUUUUUUAAUAGCGUCACUACCCGCUAAACAUUGCCUCCGGCUCUUUGCUCCUUUACCUCUUAACCAAGCUGGAAGAGCCCUCCCUUCUUUCCCCCACUUUCAUGGUUUUUAGUCACCAGCUGUAGUAUUUCAUCUGAUGUAAUCUGAACUGUUGCCCCAGACCUCUCCAGUAAUGGACACAACUCAGUGAUCUGAUAGCUAUAAAUAACACACUUAAAAACUGAUAUAGAAUGGAAAUGUGGCUAUUGCUGGAUACACAGUGGGAUAAUAAUGAUUAAUGUCAGCAAUGGAACCUUUCAAAAGUAUACCAUUUCUUCAUGAGUUACCCUUAGCCAUUGCUCACAUAUGUUAGAGAAAUAAAAUACGAGAAGUAAUUAAUUCUGAGUGACGUAUAAGUGAACUGCCAUGUGAUGAAAUUUGUAGUCAUCGUGUGGAAACAUGGCAAGAAUUUCCACGGUCCCACCAGAGAUCCAACACAUUGCAGCUGUCAGUUUGCAUUCAUUCGGUUAAUAAUUUUUAAAGCCUCUUUUCCUACUGGGAUGUUUUAAAAUUAAAGUUUUUAAAAAGCUAAAUCCUCCCCUAGGAUACCACACAAUUCUUACUCAACAGAUUUGCAAGAUGCCCUUUGAUAAUGUCAUUUAAGAUUAUUUUCUGCAGAUAUAAGCUGUGAUCCAAAGAAUUGAGCUGUGCCUGUGACGAACCCAGACAGAAAUGCACUUGCUGUUUCUGUUCUCCUACCAAAGAUGAGCCACUGUUCAGUUGAAAAAGUACAUGGUUUCUUCAGCAGUGCAAACUGUUGGAACAGAAAUAGCUAGGCAAAUUCCAGAUUUGAAUAAGAUCAUAUAACUCAGGAUCACAUCCAUAGACACUAUUUUCUCAGACACACAAAAUGGUUACUUAGAAGCUGUAAUGUUUGCAACACAUUUCACAGCAUACACCGUGCUUGCUUCUAAUGUGCUCCCCUUGAAACUCUUGUACUGAGUUGGUCUGCACAACACAGUAAGCCAAGUUGUGGCUUAGCAAGACAGUGGGACUCUGUGGGCUCCCCAAGGAGGAUAUUUCUCUAACUUUUUUUCUCUUUGGUUCUUUUUACUGCUGUGACAUACUGAGCCAAGCCAAGGUUUGGUUUAGUGUGCCUUCUGCUCCACGACCUAUUGCUAAGUUCUCUCCUUACUAACCGUAAGUUGUAGCAAAGGUAUUUCCUAUGGUUACAGGUCGUGGUUAUAGAAGUUAGACCUUACACAUGACCCCAGUCAUGAUACCAAGUCAAACCUUGGCUUAGCUGCUGUUUUAAUAAGCCUAGGGAGGAGCAAAGCAGCUGCGAUCUGCUCCUCAGCAGUCAGCAAGUAGUUAUUAUUUCAUUAUUUAUUAAAUUUAUAUACUGCCUGCCCUUCAUCAUAAGAUCUCAGGGCGGUUUGGCUUACUGCAUCGUGCAAUCCUGGUCAGUGUCUGUCUGCAUUUUGAACUACUUCACAUGCAGCAAAUAUUCAGAACACUGCAGGCUUCACAUCAAACAGAAAUAAUUGGUGCAAGUCAAACAGUAAUGUUCACAUGUAUAAUGUAACUUUUGCUAUUGGGCUCCAGUUAUUAUAGAAUUAUUUUUGAAGAUUCUUCCUAAAAGCUUUGCACCAGGACACACUGGUGAAUCAGUUAUAGGUACCAAUUUUGAAACUAUUUUGCUUUAGCAUUUAUAAUCAUGUUAAUUGCCAAUUAUAAUGGGUGUGAAAUUUUGGACCCAUCACAAUUAAUUGCAUGUCGCCCAGUGAAAUUAAUAAGGUCAAGAUUUCCCUCUAGAUUAAUGAGAGCCUUGAAAAGUCAUUAGCAUCUGCGUAAUGUAAAAGGCCAGUAAGGAAUUUCUCGCUACCCAAAUCCUCUGAAAACUGAAAAUUUGCAUUUCUAAGAAUGUGGCAAUGCUGUGGCAAUAGGGUUGCCUUACAUACAUACAAAUGCAUAAGCACUUUCUGAAAUAGCAUUUGACUGUCUUAGGAAAAUUGCAUGGCUGCUAAGUCUCCAUGAAAUAUACUAAACUGUCUUUAAACCAAAUACAUGGAAAUGUUAUUUACAAUCUGGUUCAGGAUGGUUAACAUAUACUAAUUUGGUGAUUUUGGGGAGGGACAGGGUGCCAUUACUUAAAUGUCCUGUUGCUACUGGACAUUGAUGCACAUAUCUGUCUUCACAACUGAUGUGGUCAGCCUACAGCCUACAUAGGGACAGACAGUAUUUUGCUGUGCAAACUAUGCACCUUAACUCUGUAAUAUAUUCCUUCUUGCAUUUCUAGGUUUGUACUAAAGCACUGGGCUGGGAAUUCAGGAGAUUGCAGAGCAGUCAGCAUACCUACCGUAUUUUUCGCUCUAUAACACGCACCUGACCAUAACACGCACGUAGUUUUUAGAGGAGGAAAAUCCGUAGGCAUGCCACCUGCAAGCAUUCCCUCCAUAACACGCACAGACAUUUCCCCUUACUUUCUAGGAGGAAAAAAGUGAGUGUUAUGGUGCAAAAAAUACGGUAACUGCUCUUUAAAUUGUACCAUUUAUUUUUCUCUUUAAAAGCAACCAAAUCUGUAUACUACCCCUACAAGUUUAACAGAAAUCUAAACAAACCUUUCAGAAGCACCUUGUUGUGAUAGUUUGACUAUGACUUGACAAAAGAAUUGAGUACUCUCUGUUCAGUUUCCUAGCAGUUUUAAGAAAGAAAAGACCGCUUACCAUCAUGGCUCGGAAGCAGUGGCUGUGGCCUGGCUGAGCCAUCAGAGGUCAGGGGUUGGGUGGUCUCCUGCUUCCAGCACAGCCAACGGAUGAUGUCGGCUCCUCUGUUGGCCACUAGGAUGGUUAGGAUUUACCCAGGAACUUUAAACUGGCCUAUCAUGGCCAAGCAAGGGGGUGGGGUUACAAGUGCAGAUCUGACUGGCCUGUCUUCAGCCAGGUCUGCCUCUAGAACACAAAUCCCCAAAACAGCUUCCUGGAGGGAUGUGUGUCAAGGUGGCUGUCCUUAACCCAAGAUGUCAUUGAAAUGUUUAGGGAUUUUUGUCAGGUAUUUCUAGGGGAUACUGCAAGCAACACAGCUGAAUACCCCACACAAAGAGAGAUAAAAUAGGAAAGCAACUUAAGUCACAGCAGUGUGUAUGUGUUUCUUCUGUGAAAAACUCAUAUCUAAUCACUACACAGUUUUAAAGCGUGGGUGGGAUGUGGUUAAAAAGCAGCUUAAGGAGUCUGUGUUAAGAUGCACAUGCUACUUUGUGGAUGGAGGCUACAAAAAGCUUUAUAGCUACAAAUGCAGUAUAGUUGCAUUGUUUCCAUGUCCUGAUGAGGAAUACCUUCAAAUUUCUAACUGAAGAAAAAAUAUUAAAAAUUAAAACAUAAAAUACACACUAGUGACACUCAAAAUUGAAAACUGUCAAAAGCUUCUUUGUGAAUCCCGGACCCCUCCAAAUUUAUUCAUUUUUGUAAUCUCUGCUCCAAUAGGUUUCCAUUGUAAUGCCCAAAAGAUUUUUUGUGUCUCCCCAAAAUAUCCUUAAAUAAUAUUAAUAUUAACAAUAUUAUUAAUAAUAAUAAUUUUACUGAUUUCUCCCACAGACCCCUGGCUGUGAUUGAACAAUGUGCUUUUUUUUUUUUAACUUUUCAGCUGCCAACACUUGACAUGGAAUCCUGGAGGGUCAGGGUUCAGCCCCAAGUUGUCGAGCCACGCCGGGUUAUGGUAUGGAAUUACAGAUGACAAUUUAUAUACAGAUUUUGUUGGUCCUUAG